ACCUUUAUAAAAACCACAGUACCAACAACAGGGCUUUCGGAAAGGAACUUCAAUGUUCAAACACCACAACUAAAUUUUCUUUAUCGCAUGGCCACCAACAUUCCUAGACCACCCUAUCGCUUUCUCCCUCCCAUGGAUGCAGAUUCCAUCUCCGAUUCCACCUUCGAAUUCCACGAAUCCGAUCUCUACGCCUCCUCCGCCACCGCUAACUCUCCCGAAUUCUGCAAAUCCGUUCGGGCCUCCAGGUUCCGCGGCAGAUCCUCCUCCUCCUCCUCCUCCUCCUCCUCCGCCGCCGCACGCGCCUCUGCUCCGGCCUCGCUUCCGGUGAACGUGCCGGACUGGUCCAAGAUUCUCGGCGACGAGUACGGACAGAGCCGGAGGAGGAACCGCGACGAGGAGGAGGCGCAGAGCGAGGAGGAGGAGGAGGAGGGAUGCGGGAGAGUGCCUCCGCACGAGUUUCUGGCGAAGACGAGAAUAGCGUCGUUCUCGGUGCACGAAGGAGUUGGGAGGACGCUGAAAGGACGCGAUCUGAGUAGGGUGCGAAACGCGAUUUGGGCGAAAACGGGAUUCCAGGACUAGAACCUCACCCUAGGACUAUAAGUUGAAUACUACUAAAGUAAUGAAUUACAAUGAGUUUUGUUGACAGGUUUUUGAAGAGUUUUAUCUUCUGUUUUAGGAUCAUCAUCUAUAUUGUAUCAGAUCGGAAUUUGAGAUUUUAAUUUUCAUCGGGA